CCUUUGACGAGUUCGGUCGUGUCGGGAGUUCAGUGUUGCGCGCGGCAAAAAGUGUUCUUUCAAACCACAAAGCUUCGUCCAUAAGCCCGGCGAAGCGUAUCAAAUGUGAUUUAAAUAUAAUCGGUAGAAGGUAUGCGGGCUCACAAGAUACCCGCUGCCUUGCUACUGUUGCUGUUUGCAAUAGACUCCUUACACGCCAACAGGAGGAAGCAAAAGGAGAAAAUUAUUCAAACUACCACCAACAUUUGCGAUAUAAGCGAUCGAGACUCCAAAGUGCACUGCUACUGUGAAAACAGCCCCGAAAUAAACGAGGCAAUUAAAACAGAAUGCUGGGUAUUCAACGGUGGUAUAGACAAGACAGAUCCUUUAUGGCCAAGUUUCACUUCGCAGACAAAUAUAGAAACGUUGGCUUUCAACGUUAGGGCGGACGGGGGAUUAAGCUUCGUGCCAACGAAGGUUUUAAGAUACUUACGCAAAUUGAAGCACUUUAGCAUAAAGUACAGCUCGAUACUCAAGAUUGAGAGCAACACUUUUGUUAACUUAACGUCAAUACAGGAGAUGACCUUGACUAAAAACCAAAUAGUUGUACUAAGUAAGAAUGCUUUUUAUAAUUUACCCAAUCUUACAAUACUCACGUUAGAUGAAAAUCGGUUGAAAAAGAUUGAAACAGACACGUUCUAUGAACUACCAGCCUUACAAAAACUAUUUUUAACUAGUAAUAAUAUAAGUGUCAUAGAAGACGGUGCUUUUCGGCAUCUAGUUAAUUUGUUAGAACUAGAAUUGGAUAGGAAUAAUAUAAGUGAACUGAAAAAAGAGUGUUUCGAUGGACUCGCUAAUUUGAGACGUCUAGACUUAAGAAGAAAUAAAAUAGCCGUGCUUAAUUCUUUUACAUUCACUGAGUUGUGGAACCUUCAGGAGUUGUCAUUAGACUAUAACGAGAUUUAUAUAUUAGCUCAGAGAACAUUCGAUGGAUUGUCGCAGUUGAAAAAGUUGAGCAUAAGUCACAACAAGUUGAUUACUUUAACUGAUGGACUGUUCGAAGGAGUUCGAGGACUGUCAGCCUUAGACUUGAGACACAACAAGCUAAAAAGAUUCACAAUGGAAAACUUACGGCCUAUUUACGACAAUUUGAAAAUGCAGAAAAGCUACAUAUUUUUGGAAGGAAACGAAUUCGACUGCGAUUGCCAUCUGGCAUGGAUGCACAAACUCCGGCAUGAGGCGAAAAGCAUUAAAGUGAGGACGUCUUUAGAAAAUUUCAUUUGCAAAUUUAACUCUGAUCCGGUGUUAAGUUCUCAUCUCACUUAUUAUGAAAGAAUGAGUACAAGUAAUAAUUUGGAGGAAAUGGAAAAGAUAAGGAAUGAUUUGGAUGCUCCAGAUGAGUUGAGUGAUGAUGCUGAAGACAAUUACCUAGAUGAGCCGAAGAAAAUCAAAGCUGAUAAUGAAAGGACACUGUUACAGAUACCAGUAGAACUACUCCCAUGCCCAGCUGAAGUCAAAAGCGUUACGGAUCGUACGUACACUUAUCCAUCACAAAAUGAAGCUAAAGAUUACAGAAAUCUGAUACAAUCUUCAUCGACGUUGUGUUUUGAUAGAAAUCAUUUAGUUUUUGUGUUAUUAUUAUACUUAUUGGUAACUUGACUAUAAUGAGAUUUAAAAAUAGUAUCUUUGAUAAUUUCAAACGUUAUCUUAUUUCAUGAAGUAAUACGAAAAAUUUCAAAUUAUUUAUUUAAAUUACGUUUAUUUCUAGUCAAUGUGGAAUUGGUUUUUUAUUAGGACAGUGAAAUACUUAGAAAUUAAGCCCGGUAUCACAUUACAUUGUAUUCUUAUUUAUAUCGCGUAUUCAAUGAACGGCGGUAUUCAGAAAGUUUAAUAUUCACGUCGCCUCAAUUGGUCUGACUGACUUUAUAUAAAAUAUUGUCGACUUCGUGAUUCAUGACUCAGUAACUGAACUCUUUUAGAUUUUCAGUUAGUUUGUCUACUUUUUGAACUAUAUUUGGCUUUGGAUAUAGUGGUAGAGAGUACAGACAAGCGUUUGAGAACAAACAAUUGACAAACACAGUUGGUGUGUAAAACUGAAGAACGAAAAGAACCAAGUUUGUGUACAAACGCACUUGGUCUACAAUCUUCAUAGUAGCCCAGGAUGCUAAAGCAGUUACUAAACGGUCAUAGGGACCGAUUAGAUGAUAGGAACAAUAAGUGGUUAUAUACUUUUUAGCUUUCAGCAGUGGGGAGAAGAACUAUAGACUUUAAAGACAAAUUUUAUUACUUCGGCUUACUAAAAUGGUCAAAAAAUAUUAGCAAUUAUAUAGGGGGUUAUUUCCUUCAAAAUGAAAAAGAAAUAAACCCCAAACGUGGCUCAAGAUUAAAAGUACACGGGUCUUAUUUUUUAAAUUUGGAAUCCUUCCAUUCUUUUAAGUUACUCGUUAGCUUUUCGAAAUGCACGCCAUUUAUCUAUUAACUAACUUAAUCUAACGCGCUGGUUGAAUACUCUGAAGUCAGUUUUAAUUUUGGUUGCCCUAGACGUACCCACCAAAUAUUUAGGAUGCAUACUUGGUGGAGGUACUCAACACCGUGCAAGAUAUAGUCCCUUACAUACAUCUGCGGCGCUCGAGUAACUCCAAAAAUCCCUUCUUCGGCUCCUCGACUAUAACACUACAUUCAAAGCAAAACGGUCUUUCUUGACCAUGUAAUUACUGAUUUAUGAUAAUUCAAUUAAUUUAAGGUAACAUUGUCUGUAAUAAUACAUUUUUGCUAUAGUAUAAAUAAGUACCUAUGAAUCUCAAACCAAAUAGACGUAAUGAUGAAUUUAUUAGAAAAAAGUUAUUUCAUUUCAUUACCUGUAACUAUAAAAAGUAUCUUCGUAAAAUGACAAACAAAUUACUCUGUAAGUAUUGUAAAUAUAAAUAAGGAUUUUGUAAAGAAAUGUGAUAUAAGUGUAAGUAAAUGUAUGAAAUAUAUUAAUUUAAAUGUUGAUUUUGAUAUUUCUAAAAGGAAAAAAAAAUUCUAACUGUUUAAAAUCAUAUAUUUCUUCUUGUUGCUAAUAUAGUUAAGUAUAUUAUAAAAUAAAAUUAAUGUAAAUAUUUUGUUUUGAUAUGGGAGGUAAAUGUAUUUUAUUUUGUAAAUAUUAUAGUAAUAUUAAAAUAAGUUGAUGGGAUUUUAUUAUAGUUAAGAUUUAUUUAAUAUUUACUAUUGU